AUGGACCCCUCCAACCGCGACGAUCCUCCAGCAUCGCUAUUCACCACCACGACUGCUUCCUGCAGGUCCACCAACCCACCGCCAUUUGGGAGCAAUCUGAAUCUCAUGUCGCCGGAUCCGAAUACAACCGCGACUCCUAUUCCAGCUUCUCCCCCAAUGAUUUCGCCCUCCUCGUUGCUGUCUCCGUCCGAUGGCCCCGCGCGUUCCCCUGCCAUCCAACAACAACAGCAGCACCAGCAGCAACAGCGUGCGCCCCGGCGGACUCCCAGCUCAAAUUCACUGAGGGAUGAGAAUCGCAAGUCUAGUCCCAGUCUGCAGAAACGUUCUUCGACCGCGUCACUGCGAUCUGCUCGCAACAGUGGCGGCUCUACGUCUCCCCGCCCCAGUUUGUCGCGACGCUCUUCCUCCAAUUUCGCGACUUCUCCUCCCACAACAAACCACAUAAUGUUGGCAAAAAGGUCCUCUCUACCAGCGGCGCCUGAGAAUCCAAUGCCUACUUCCGCGUCCAUUGCGGCGGAGCAUUUCCAAAAGGAGAUGGAAAUGCACAAGUCCGCCGACCUUCAGUCGAAGACUCUUGUUGUUGUCCAUGAUGACUGCUAUGGCCACCGCUUCUCGCGACCCCGGACUUCCAAAGCAGCAUUGGGGACUAUAGUCGAGAGGCCGGAACGUAUCCGCGCUGGUGUGCUAGGUGUGUCCGCCGCCUACGUCCGUCUUGGACGCAGACACGCCGGAGGGCGUUUCGCGCCUCAUCCUAAUGUGGACCUCCCACGAUUACCCGUUCCACCGUUCCAAAUUCGCAAGACAGCGCGGUCCCUGGCACUCACUUCACCGGCUGUGACGCAUGUACACGGAUCUAAAUGGAUGGACGAUCUAAAGAAUAUGUGCGACGUAGCUGAAUCGCGACUCGCGUUAAACGGCAAGGAGUUGGCUCGACCACGCAGUGCUGGGAGAGAUAGCUCCUCUGCCAGUGGCCCAGCACUUCAUGAAGGUGAUCUAUACCUGUGCUCUGAGUCGUUGAAUGCCUUUGAAGGAGCUCUGGGCGGUGUUUGUGAGGGCGUGGAUGCUGUCUUCGGUCCCAAUUCCACGCAACGAGCAUUUGUUUGCAUUCGUCCUCCUGGUCAUCAUUGCUCCUCGGGUCACCCGUCAGGAUUUUGCUGGAUUAACAAUGUUCAUGUGGGUAUUUCUUACGCUGCCAUGAUCCAUGGUCUCACCCACGCAGCCAUUCUGGACUUUGACCUCCAUCAUGGGGAUGGUUCCCAAGAUAUUGCAUGGCAGCAAAAUAGCAAGGCUAUCACUGCCGCCAAAAAUGCUGCUAGCCACAAGAAAACCAUGAUCGGCUAUUAUAGUUUGCACGAUAUCAAUUCCUAUCCCUGCGAGAUAGGCGAUCUAGAAAAGGUGCGUAAUGCGAGUGUGUGUAUUGACAAAGCCCAUGGACAGUCGAUCUGGAACAUCCACCUCGAGCCUUGGAAGACUGAUUCGGAAUUCUGGGAGCUGUAUGCCUCUAAAUAUGCGCUAUUGAUUGAGAAAGCGCGUGCCUUCUUACGACUGCACACCGAACGCCUUGCCAGUUUGCCCAACGGACCGCAACCGAAGGCGGCGAUUUUCAUCUCUGCAGGUUUCGAUGCGAGUGAAUGGGAGGGUGCCGGAAUGCAAAGGCACAAGGUGAACGUCCCAACCGAUUUUUACGCCAAGUUCACCGCCGAUAUAGUCAAAAUGGCCCAGGAAGAAGGGCUGGGCACCGAUGGACGGGUUAUCAGUGUUCUGGAAGGUGGAUACAGUGACCGAGCCCUGACCAGCGGCAUUUUAAGUCAUUUAGCUGGUAUGGGGGAUACAACGACGGGUACGGAUAGUGCAGACGAGGAUCAUAUUAACCAUUUUUCUUCCGAUAUGACGGGCCGCCUGGGUCUAUCAGAUUCUCCUCCAACAGACUUUAGAAGUCCCAAACCAAAGGCAGCUUUCAACACUGACUGGUGGGCGCCGACUUUACUCGAAGAACUGGAGGCACUGGUGUAUCCACCAGUCCUUGUGACCAAGCCUCGCGAGAAAUCCACCCCCACUUAUUUUGCGCCAACGCAGUCUUUCACAGCUAAAGUCGUCAAUCCAUCUCGAGAUAGAAGGUCCAACAGUUCUGCGGUAAGCUUGGAAACUGAAGCUCCACUACCAGAAGUCGGAUGGGCUACUGCGACGCACGAGUUGUCUAAGAUCCUCAUUCCAAGCUAUCGACAGACGAUGAGCUGCCGACCUGAAGAACUCAAUGCAGAAGCCUCUCGCGUGCGAAAAGAGCGCCAGGCAGCAGCUGAAGGUAUUGUCACUCCAGCGCCAACAGCGCCAACAGCGCCAGCAGUACCUGAAGAAGGCCGAAUGAAGCUUCGCACAAGGAAGCCGAAGUCUUCUCUACCUAGUACACCCAAGAUGGAGAGCCCCAAGCAACAGGUUCUGAAAGGCAACCGGAGAACCACUAUAGAUCCUGCCAGCGACCUUCCCGAUGCCUCGCUUGACAAAUCACUUGCAGCUCGCGCUGGUCGCAGAAAGAGUACACCGUCAACACCAGUAACCGAUGCAGAAACAAACCCGGGAACCUCGCGCCCAGGAACGGCGGCAAGCAACCGAUCCUCCACAUCGACGACUACGCGGAGGACGAGUACAACUCGAUCGACCCCCAAACGCUCUGCCAGCCCCAAGACAGUGCCUCCGGUGCCCAGAGUUCCCUCGGGAUUUCUUUCCAAUCCCAGCUCUGGCCAAGGAGAACAGACUGAAUUGGGGUCUCACUCCGUGUCCGUGAGUCAAGAAAUUUCUACACCUGACGACAUAGACAGUCUGGCUGCAGGCGUACGGAAGCUCAACAUCAAGCUGAAAGUACCAUCACCGGAAGAGAAUGCUGCCCGCGAAAAAAAGGCGGCCGAACAGCGUAAGAAGUCAAUGCCCAAAGGAUCUUCAAAGACACCAAAGUCUCCCAAGAGGACUAACGGUGCAAAAACGUCUCGCACAUCGAUGGCAAAGUCGGUGGUUCAAUCCAAUCCGCAGCCUAGCGCUCUUCAGACUACGUCUGCACAGCCCGAAACUGAUCAUAGUGUGAGGGAAGAAAAUCAGGAACCAACGGUCAAUCCUCCAAAUAUGGCAUCCGUGACCUCUUCGCCGGCCAUGUCCUCGAUUCCAGACUCUGUCACCGUCGGAAGACCAGGCCGGAAUAUCCCCACGAAUGUAUCAACACAAGCACCUGCUUUGGGAUCAGCUAUGUCUCCCCCUCUCACACCUGGGACGACGAAUGAUACAGUCCGGCCUCAACUUUCAAUCUUUUCGCCCCCAACGUCUGCAGCCCAAGCCAAAAGUGGUCUUCCCACCUUCACAUCAACCGGACCCAUUCCAUUUGCACCUCCGAGUGCCGUUAAUAACGGAAGCCAAUCGUCAUCAGAAUCACCACCGCCACCCUAG